AUGGCAGAUGCCAGCCCUAGGACAGACACUUCGACUGAUGCUGAUACUGAAGAUAAGAAUUUGAGGUACCAAAACAAUCAAAUGCAGACUGUAGUUGCUUCGGAUGGCAGUGAUAAAUCCAGAGAUCAAAAGACUCUCCGUAGGCUUGCUCAAAAUCGUGAAGCUGCAAGAAAGAGCCGCUUGAGAAAAAAGGCCUAUGUUCAACAACUAGAAAGCAGCCGAAUGAAAUUGACACAACUUGAGCAAGAGCUCCAACGGGCAAGGCAGCAGGGGGUAUUUAUUUCGAGUGCUGGAGACCAAACCCAAUCCGUCGGAAAUGGUGCAUUGGCCUUUGAUGUGGAGUAUUCCCGGUGGCUGGAAGAGCACAAUCGGAGGAUUAAUGAGCUGAGAGGUGCGGUGAGUUCGCAUGCAGGGGAUGCUGAGCUCCGGAUAAUUGUGGAGGGAAUUUUGUCACAGUAUGAUGACAUUUUUAGGAUAAAAGGGGAUGCUGCAAAGUCUGACGUCUUUCACAUUCUUUCGGGCAUGUGGCAGACGCCCGCUGAGAGGUGCUUUCUCUGGCUUGGUGGGUUUCGCUCGUCCGAACUUCUUAAGCUUCUUAUAAAUCACUUAGAGCCGUUGACGGAGCAGCAGCUGUUGGCCAUCAAUAAUUUGCAGCAGACAUCUCAACAGGCCGAGGAUGCCCUUUCGCAGGGUAUGGAGGCUUUGCAGCAAUCGUUGGCCGAGACAUUAGCCGGUACUCUUAAUCCCUCUGGAUCUUCUGGAAAUGUUGCCAACUACAUGGGUCAAAUGGCAAUGGCUAUGGGCAAGUUGGGAACUCUCGAUGGCUUUAUUCGUCAGGCUGACAAUUUACGGCAGCAAACCCUGCAGCAAAUGCACCGCAUACUGACGACCCGCCAGUCCGCCCGGGCCCUCCUUGCUAUCAGUGACUACUUCUCUCGGCUUCGGGCUCUUAGCUCGUUGUGGCUCGCCCGCCCUAGGGAUUAA